AUGGAGAUUCAAGCACAUCUCAUGCAUCACAAUCCGUACGAUAUAGUGAAAGCCGAGGAGCCAUCGACGCCUCCAAAGUCGAAGGCAACAUUGUGCCCCUCGACGGAUAUGCUCUUCAGCGUGUCCAAUUUCAAUAUUCAGUCAAAUUUCUGCCCACAGGUUAACAAUAACCAUGAUCCGCUCAAUAAUAAUCAUGUGAAGAUUAACUCCAAUGGGAGAACCCUGGCAGCAGAUCGUAAGCGACCGUAUCCGUGCAACUUGUGCACGUCACGAUUUGGCAGCAAGAUGGAGCUCGAAGAACAUCAGAAUAGCCAUACCGGAAUGAAGCCAUUUGAAUGUGAUGUCUGCAAAGCACGAUUCAAUCGCCGAUCAACGUUAUGGAACCACAAACGAAUUCAUUCGGACGCGAAACCGUUCGUAUGCACUGUAUGUCAAAUGACGUUCAAGUGGAAAAACAGCUUGAAGUGCCAUAAAGAGAUGCAUAUGAGAAAGAACGAAUCCACUCCACAUAUCGACAACGAUCUGCGUCAGUUGACGUACGCAACGGCUGCUAAACGGAAGCUGCUCCUGGAACAGGAGGAACAAGGUAACCCAGCUACAUCGUCCGCAUCGUCUAUUCAUAGUCAACCGUUGAUCACGACAACGACGCCUAAGAAGAAGACGAAUAAGGUACGGGAUAUGUUACUAGUGCAUGGCGUGACUGUGGGAGUCCGUUUCAUUGCUGCUGGGACGUAG